CGUACGCUUCUUUCGGGCGGUCAGUUAUCUCCCAGCUCCGCUCUGAGGCGAACGCUGCUGUUGUAGCCGGCGCUGGGAGCCAGCCCCGGGUUCCGCUCCACUCCGCUCCGCGCCGCGCUGCGCUGCGCUGAUACAGCCUCCCUUACCCCUACCCCCCACCCCACCUCACCUCACCUCCCCUCCCCUCCAGCCGAAUGGGUCUGUGCUGCUCCGCGACUUCUCUCUCCCAAGUCGCCACUUCGACACCGUAACAAUUUGCGGCGGAUUUCUGCGAAAGAUUUUUGUUGCGUGGAAUGUGUGAGAUUGCAUUUUCAUGCUUUUGUUCCUUCCCACUCUCGUUUCCAAAGGCUUUGUGUCUUCUGUCUGAGUGCCUUCGUCUGGCGGCCAAUGAUUGCACUGUGUGUUUUUUACAUGCUGCAAAUUCUAUUUAGUUCAUCUUGAUCAAUGAAGAGGUGAAAACAAAGACUGAAGAUUUAUUUCUUGCAGGACAUGUAUCGGUGCUACAUUUUACAGUGGGAAAACAGGUAGUACUUGGAAUGUGUCAGGAUCCUUGGAAGACAAGCUGAUGUACUGCUCCACUUACCUGCUGUGUACAGAAAAUGACCAGACUGAUGUUAGGGAAGACUUUGGAAAGAAUAUGCAAAGCAGUACUCUUGCUGUGUGUAGUGCACUUUCUUAUAAUGACGAUCUUCUACUUGGAUGUCUACACUCAAAGGUUCGACAUAUUCAGCCGUUUUAACAGUAGGAAUUUUUCGAAGAUACAUCAGUCCUUUAAUAUCUCAAAGCCCAAUGGGACCUCACUAACCAUCAUGGGGGGCGAAGAUCAUUUUGUGUCAAGCAGGAAGUUGGAAAGUAAUCUCACAGUCACAAAGAAGCCUUUACCGUUGUGCCCUGAUGUUCCACAGGGGUUAGUUGGAAGACUGUUGAUAGAAUUCAGCUCGCUGAUGACAAUGGAGAGAGUUCAGCGGGAGAACCCAGACGUACAAGAGGGAGGCAAAUACACACCUUCUGACUGUAUAGCUAAGCAAAGAGUUGCCAUCAUCAUUCCAUUCAGGCACAGGGAACAUCACUUGAAGUUCUGGCUCCAUUACUUGCAUCCCAUUCUCCGCAGGCAGAAAAUCAACUAUGGCAUUUAUAUCAUAAACCAGCAAGGUGAAGGCAUGUUCAACAGAGCAAAGUUACUGAACAUUGGCUACAUGGAAGUUCUGAAGGAUGGAGAGUAUGACUGCUUUGUAUUCAGUGAUGUGGACUUAAUCCCUAUGGAUGACAGAAAUCUCUACCAUUGUUAUGACCAGCCACGUCAUUUUGCAAUCGCCAUGGACAAAUUUGGAUUCAGGCUCCCGUACAGUGGCUACUUCGGCGGCGUCUCCGGAUUGAGCAGGGAGCAGUUCUUAAAAAUAAAUGGCUUCCCAAAUGAAUACUGGGGCUGGGGCGGUGAGGAUGAUGAUAUUUAUAACAGAGUAAUGAAACUUAACAAGUCGGCUGGUGGCACAGUGAGAUCAGCGCCGGGCCCGAGAACAGAAGUUCCUGAGUUUGAUCCAGUGACAGGCCGCUCCCGAGCACACUCUCCAUCCGCGCCGGGUUGACGUCGAGCUCGCAACUCACCCUCGUAAAAAAAACACUGCCACCUCCAGUUUAAAUUCCCACGCGGAAUAUUGUGGAGGAUCAAAUACCCAAUACCCAAACAAGUUAGUUGAUAAGAAGAAGCUUGCAGGGGUUCCCAACCCAGGUCCGUGGACCCCUUGCUUAAUGGUAUUGGUCCAUGGCAUAAAAAAAGUUGGGAACCCCUGAGCUAAAGUAUAACAGGGUUGAGUUAAAAAUUAUCAUUACCAGUUUAUGAUGCAGCAAAAGCACAAAUUUACUUCUGCUGCUUGGUUCUGGCAUCCAGUUCAAGAACCAAACAUUUCCAAGCAGUUUGCCCAUGUGCAGUAUCUAAUGUUAACUACUGAAGAUCUGUUAGUUCCAACAUCAUGGGUGCAAUCUUCACUUUUUGCCAUGUAUUGUGCAAAUGUUUUCUUUUCAAAAAAGGAUGGACCAUUUUGACAGUCUCUGCUUUCUGACUUGCCGUGAAGCAUUGUUUGAUUAAAUUUGAUCCCAUACAAUUUAUUUAAAAAAAUUUUUGAAACAGGGUGUGGUUUAUUAGAAUAAAUGAUAUCCAUUGAAUGUUUAGGAAUUCACUGCACCUAAUAACACUAAUGUUUAUUGUGUUUAAUGGUAUAAACUGACAAGAUAUGGGGUUUAUUUUUGAAUAAUUGCUGGGCUUGUACAGAGUAAAUUCCAGUUUGGAACUUAGUCAAGUCAUAGCUUUAUCAGUACUGAAAUCAUCGUGUUCUAUAACACAUGAAUAACACAAAAGAUGCUGAUUUCUUCAUGCAGAAUUCCUUUGCCAUUAAGCUAUUAAGAUAGUUAUUUGGCUCCAUGGUAAGGACGGUUUAUGGUUGAUGUGUCUAAAAUAUUGAUAGUUCAACAUCAUAUCAGGAGUGAUGUGCAAUGACCCAGAAAUGUUGUUUUUGCUUUUCACUCCAGAAGAAGUAAAUCUUCAAUUACAUAGCACUGAAAGAUACAGCAUUCCGCAAUCCAACUACCAAGCAGAUUUUCCUCAGAAAUAGAGAUCUAAUGUGGAUGAUCUAGGUUCAGAGUAACCAAGUCAUUCUACAAUUGCAGCAAGACUUUCUUCUGGAGAAGGGGAAUGAGAAUUAUUGACCUGAAUCUCAUUAUGUCACUGUUGCUCUUUUAUAAACAUGUUUAAAUUUCAAAGAGCUUUCACGUGUAUGUGCAUGUGUAAUUUCUGAUUGUAACUUCCAUUUUACAAGAUUCUGCUUUGAUAACAGUUACUCUAAGUAUUAGCUAAGCUGUGUAUAGCAUUAAGUCUGAAUAGAGAACUUUGGAGUGUGAAAGCUGUGCAGUAGUUUCAAGAAGAAAAGGAUUGACAGGUUCAAAAUAUUAUUCCAAAGUCAGUCAGUUGAUAAAAUAUAAAUGUGAAGCUGAAUAAAAUGUUUUUAUUAAAAAAUGCUGACAUUUUUGAAAAUCAGGGCAGGACAACAUACACUUAGGAUAAAGGUAAUCAUUUGGACAGCCUGAGGAAGAAAAAUAAUUAUUCUUUUAUAUAAUGGGCUCGGAAGGAAUAAACUUAGAAGUUAUUUGAUAUCCCAGUUUACGAGGGCUGAUUGAUAUGGUAGAAGGAGUCAAUUUUAGAAAAAUUUAGAAAACCUAGCACAUUUAUUAUUCAACAUAGUCCCUUCUUACAUUUACACACUUAGUCCAGUGGUCGUGGAGCAUACAGAUCCCUUCUUUGUAGAAGUCGGCAUCUUGGACCUCCAGAAAGUGGUGCACAGCAGGGGUGAUUGGUAAGUUAGUGGCCUAAAGUAGAAGGAGAUGAGUUAUUAACUUCAAACUUUCUGCAUAAUCACUCAAAGAGUUGAACUGCACUUGCAUGUAGCGACCUUACCCCUCAAUACAUGGGUGUGAGGAAUGAUCCAAGUGCAAUCUUUUUUUUUUGAUUUCUCAGAAAAGCAAGUCUAUGCAUAGACUAUUCUAGGCAUGAAAUGUGAGGCUAACCCAUGAAAUGCAGACUGACACCACUAUAUGAGGAAGUAGCUGAAGCAUUUUACAGGUGAAAAGUGAAAGGUUUCCAGCCCAAGAGAUACAGCCCAUGCUAUUUCUCUGCGUAAUUCAGAAUAGCAUCUCUACAACCUGACGCUGAUCUCCUGCAUAACUGUACAAGAAUUAAGAUUUCUCAUGAAAAAUGUUUUUUUUGUUAAAAGAGAGACCAUUUUGUGAAAGUGCUGGGAGCUAGCCUUUAUGUUUUAGGAUCCAUACAGAUGUGUAUGAGCAUGUGCUUGUUUUAUUUUUGUCUAAAAUGUUGUAUUAUUCAGCAUUCUAUAAAAAUGAGAAUUUCAGAUUACCCUGCCAUUAUCAAAGCGUCAGUACUGUAUCAAAUUUGAAUCUUUGCUUUUUUAAAAAAAAUGUGCAGCACAUCAGUGAAGGGGAAACAGGGAUCAACCUUUUGGUUGAAGCUUGGUAUUCUAAUUAAAAGUUUCGAUUAUUUUUGUUACCCAAUUGCAA